GUACUAUAAAUUCCUUGCUCCAUCUAAACAUUUCACUAACAUUCAAACAAAAUAUUAGUAUCAUCACUAGAAAGAUUCAGAUAGUGAAAAAUGGCUUUGACAUUCAAUUGGAAGCUCGCUUUUGCAGCUCUACUAGUAUUAGGAAUGCAGGCUUCUCGAGCCUCAUCUCGUGGCUUGUAUGAAGCCUCAAUGGUCCAGAAACAUGAGCAUUGGAUGGCUCAUUUUAGGCGUGUGUACAAAGAUGACGCAGAGAGGGAAAAAAGACUCAAAAUAUUCAAGGAAAAUGCUGAGUACAUUGAUUCCGUCAACAAGGCUGGGGUCCGGCCUUACAAAUUGGGCAUUAAUGAAUUCGCCGAUUUGACGAAUGAGGAAUUCCGAGCCACUCACAACGGGUAUAGAAUGCUUUCACACCAGAAAUCGUCUGAAACCACAUCAUUCAAGUACGAAAAUGUGACUGCGCUAGCAGCUAGCAUGGAUUGGAGAAAGAAGGGUGCUGUUACUAGAGUUAAGGAUCAAGGGCAAUGUGGAUGUUGCUGGGCAUUUUCUGCUGUUGCUGCCACAGAAGGAAUCAACAAGAUCAAGAAAGGUAAGUUGAUUUCUUUAUCUGAACAGGAGCUUGUGGAUUGCGACACGAGUUGGGAUAUGGGUUGUCAAGGAGGUCUCAUGGAUUAUGCAUUCAAGUUUAUCAUCAAGAACCAUGGGCUUACUACUGAAUCCAAUUACCCAUACGAGGGAACCGAUGGCACCUGCAAAACUGAAAAGAAAUCCAACCACGUUGCCAAGAUUACUGGCUACGAAGUUGUCCCAGCAAAUAGCGAGUCUGCUCUACUGAAAGCUGUAGCUCAUCAACCUGCAUCUGUCGCAAUUGAUGCUAGUGGACCAGAUUUUCAAUUCUAUUCUAGCGGUGUUUUUACUGGAGAAUGUGGAACCGAGUUAGAUCAUGGUGUCACGGCUAUUGGAUAUGGUAAAACUAGUGAUGGUACGGAUUAUUGGUUAGUAAAGAACUCGUGGGGAACUAGUUGGGGCGAGAAAGGUUACAUUAGAAUGCAAAGAAACGUUGAUGCUAAAGAAGGACUAUGUGGAAUUGCUAUGGAAGCUUCAUAUCCAACUGCUUAAAUUAAUCAAAAUCGGGUGCAAGUUUGCUAUUGAUUUUUCAUUAAAAGAACCAUUGUUGGUCACAAAGUUCAUAAUUUAUGUGGUGUGCCUAAAGUUCACUGUAUGUUAUAGGCUCGUGUGUGCAACUUAAGUAAUAAUUGAACAAAAGCUUGUAUGUAAAUGGUAAUGUUGAUCAAAAGUGUAUCCUAUAAUUGUC